AUGGCAAAGAAAAAAGCAACCAGCAACCCGACAUCUACCACCGGCGACAACCCCCUAGAAGUCCGAGCGACAGCCGAAUCGCGGUCGCCGAGUCCACAACAAUCACAGCCAACGCCGACGCCACAAAUUCCGGCGAUGGUUCCUUUAGACGCACUGGCGGCGUAUCUAAGGCAACAAGACCCGAACAAAGAUUUGACAGCGACCUUGGCCGGAUUUAGCCUGACCGGAGGAAUGCCGGCGAUACCAAGCCCUACCCCAACUGCGACCACCGUGAACCCAACCAUCACCACCCCAAAUACCUCAAACCCCACAUCCGAAAAGACCUCCACAGCAGCAAAUACACAGUCAGAACCCUCUAACCCUUCCGCCUAUCAAGACCCCAACUGGGGGGAAACAGAGGAAAGGGAGAGCGAGGGGAAGGAAAGCGAGGGCGAGAAGGAUGAAGCAGAGGAGAUAACGGCCACUGAAACCAGAGCAAAAGAAGCAGAGAGGGAGGAGAUAGAUCUGAAUGAAAUGGCCAGGAAGCAAGGGCUAAUGACGGAUGAUGAGUUCCAAUCGGUUUUGGGAGGUGGAGAUAGGAUAGUCGUAAACCCUGAAAGGGUGGCUGAGGUACUGGACCUCACAUCCCAGGCAGUAGGAAGAGGGGAAACAGCCAUGGGAGCAGAUGAGUCGGAGGGGGUAAUCCACCAGUCAGUGGAGGAGAUGAGAGAAGGACAAACCGAGGAAGCUAAAAAAAUUGAAGAGGAGAGGCAGGAACCAGAGAUACACCAGUCAAUGGAAGUGAAGGAAACAGAAGAAGAGACUGAAACACAACCAGAGGAAACCUCAAUAGUGUCUAAACCAAAGCCAGUAAAGAGGAGGCUAGUGUUGAAGAAUGACCCCAAGGCAGAAAGGCAGAAUCCCCAAAGAGUGUCACAGAGAUGCUUAGGAAAGUGGAAGUCCAACAAGGCAGGAGCAAACACAGCAGCAAAUGCAGUGGAGGCCUCUAGCGAAGACGAAAAGACUACUCCUACAAAACCUGGGGAGGAGCCCUCGAAAACUAGCCAGAAGGACACCCAAAUGGCAAGAAGGACAGUUUCAUCAACGCCGAAGGAAGAUGCUGACAAGGUGGUUGAGGGUCUGGACCUUGCAUCAGAAUCAGUAGGUCGAGAGGAGGCGAUAGGAAGUGAUACUAGUACCCGCAGGGUGACUGAGCCUACUACCCAUGAGGACGCUUCAACACAAGCCGGCGAAGAAGCAAAGGCAAUGGAAAUCGAAGACAAGUACAUCCAGGAAAGAAAGAGAAAGGGGAAGGCCCCUGCCAAGAAGAAGUAA